AUGGUCGCCACGGCGCUGCUCCUCAAGGUCGUCGUCGCGUCGUCGACGUCGGUGGCGCGGGUCAUGAUGGUGGGCUGCGCCGGCGUGCUACUGAGCCGCCGGUCCAUCCUCGACGGGGCGGCGCGGCGCAAGGUCGCGGAGCUGUCGACCUACUGCCUCCUGCCGGCGCUCCUCUUCUGGCAGGUGUCGGCGGCCGUCGCGAGGGCCGGCCCGCGCAUCGCGCACUGGUUAAUACUCCCGUGCUACGCCGUGCUCCACUGCGCCCUCGGCCUCGCGCUGGCCAAGUGCGCGUGCCGCUGCCGGCGCUGGUGCCGCGGCGAGCGCGAGCGGCGGGAUCCGACGCUGCGGCCCGUCUUCUCGCCCAUGACGUCCGCGGAUUUGGACGACGAGGAGUUGGGGGAGACGGACGCGGCCGACGACGGCGGCGACGCGCUCCUCGAGGCCGUCGUCAUGAUGACCGCGGCCUUCCCCAACUCCGGCGGCUUGCCCUUGGCCCUCGUCGACGCGCUCUGCGCGUCGUCGGCGCGGUCGUUCCUCGGCGGCGACGAGUGCCUGGCCGCGACGGUGGGCUACGUGUCGUUCUACAUCUCGGUCAUGAAUCCGCUGCAGUGGGCCGUGUGCCCCAGGCUGCUCGCGACGGACGCGCCGGCGCCCGCGCCGGCGAAGGACGCGCCGCCGUCGCCGCCGCCGAGCGUCCCGCGGCGCUGCGCGGCGUGCGUCGCGGCGGUGCUCCGGAAGCCCGCGCCGCCGGUCUGGGGCGCGAUCCUCGGCGGCGUGCUUGGCGCCGUGCCCGGCGCGCGCGACGCGCUGCUCGGGCCGCCGGGCCGGGCGUCGGUGCUCGGCGGCGCCGUGCAGCUCGUCUCCAGCGCGGCCGUGCCCGUGGGCAUCAUCAACCUCGGCGGCUCCGUCGCGUCGAAGGUUGGCCGGUCCGAGCGCGGCGGCGACGUCGCCGUGCUCGGGGGUUUACUCGGCGCCGCCGUCGUCAUCCGCCUGCUGGUCGUACCCUGCCUGUCCUGCGCUGCCACGGUGGCUCUGCGGCUCUUCGCGCCCGCGGUCGUGCCGCCGGGGGACGCGGCGCUGACCCUGGUGCUCAUGCUCGAGAGCACGCCGCCGCCGGCGAUGCAGUGCAUGAUCUUCUGCCAGCUCUUCGCCCAGGACGCGGAGCGGCCCCUGGGCAAGGUCCUCGUCGCGACGUAUAUCGCGUCGCUCGUCACGCUGACGGCGUGGAUCGCGCUGUUCCUGUCGCUGCUCAGCGCGGGGUAA